CUGACUUUCAGGGGUGUGCGGUAGCUCUGGACGAUGCUCUCCUUGUGGUUGUUCCUGCUCCCCUGCCUGAGCCUUGUGCCUCUGGCCCCGGCUGAAAAGGGUUUGGAGUUCCCACAGUAUGAUGGGAAAGACCGAGUUCUUGACAUCAAUGAUAAGAACUACAAGAAAGCGUUGAAGAAGUAUAGCAUGCUUUGCCUGUUCUACCAUGAGCCCAUACCAGACAACAAGGAGCUGCAGAAACAACACCAGAUGACUGAGUUGGUGCUGGAGCUUGUGGCUCAGGUGAUGGAAGAGAAAGACAUUGGAUUUGGAAUGGUUGACUCCCACAAAGACGCAAAGGUGUCAAAAAAACUGGGCCUGGAAGAGGAGGGCAGUGUGUAUGUUUUCAAAGCCGAUCGGGUGAUCGAGUUUGAUGGCUUGCUUUCUGCUAACACCCUGGCGGAGUUCUUGUUGGAUCUGUUGGAGGAGCCAGUGGAGGUGAUAGGAAAUGCUUUGGAGCUGAGAGCCUUUGACAGGAUGGAGGAAGACAUCCGGCUCAUUGGUUACUUCAAGAAUGAGGAUUCUGAGCACUAUGAUGCAUUUAAAGAAGCUGCAGAGCAGUUUCAGCCCUACAUUAAGUUCUUUGCAACAUUUGAGAAAGCUGUGGCCAAGGAGCUGACUCUGAAGAUGAACGAGGUGGAUUUCUAUGAGCCCUUCAUGGAGGAGCCCGUCACCAUCCCAGGCAAGCCGCACUCAGAGGAGGAACUGGUGGAGUUCAUAACUGAACACAGACGACCAACUCUGAGAAAGCUGCGUGCAGAGGACAUGUUUGAGACCUGGGAGGAUGACAUUGAGGGCAUUCACAUUGUAGCUUUUGCAGAGGAGGAGGAUCCUGAUGGUUUUGAGUUCUUAGAGAUCCUGAAGGAGGUGGCCCGAGACAACACUCACCUACCUGACCUCAGCAUUGUCUGGAUUGACCCUGAUGACUUUCCCCUGCUGAUCCCCUACUGGGAGAAGACCUUCAAGGUGGACCUGUUCAGACCACAGAUUGGAAUUGUCAACGUUACAGAUGCCGACAGCGUGUGGAUGGAGAUGGAGGAUGAGGAAGAUCUACCCACCGCUCAAGAGCUGGAGGACUGGAUUGAGGAUGUGCUCUCUGGCAAAAUCAACACUGAGGACGAUGAUGAUGACGAUGAUGAUGAUGAUGACGACGACGACGACGAUGAUGACGAUGACGACGAUGACACAGAUGAUGAUGAUGAUGAUAAUGGGGAUGAUGACACUGACAGCGACGAUGAUGACAGCGAUGAUGACAGCGAUGAUGACGACGAAGAUGAAGACGAUGAUGAUGAUGAAGAUGAUGAUGAUGAUGAGUAAUUCAACAGUAAAUCUUGAUCACAGAUGAGUGUUUUUACCCUUCAGGCUUGAACACGGACAGCAGACAAUCGACUAUAAAGAAACUUCACACUAAGACAGAAUUCCAAAUUUGUACUGAAUGUGUGCAUGCUGGUAAUAAGUCAGUAAGUAACAUGCAAAAAUGUAAUUUUCAACGACAUGUAAAUAA